AUGGUGGUGAUGCACCAACCGCCACCCAACUCAGCCACAGCCACCAACGCGCCGCCGCAAAUCAGCGUGAACGGAACCCAACUGCAAGUGGUAAAGAACUUCCCGUACCUGGGCAGUACUCUCUCCCGCAACACCAAGAUCGACGACGAAGUCGCCAACAGGAUCUCAAAAGCCAGUCAAGCCUUCGGUCGUCUUCAAAGCACAGUUUGGAAUCGCCAUGGUCUUCAGCUCAGCACCAAGCUGAAGAUGUACAAGGCCGUCAUCCUGCCGACACUACUGUAUGGAGCGAAGACUUGGACAGUGUACGCAAAGCAGGCGCGUCGUCUGAACCACUCCCACCUCAGUUGUCUUCGUCGCAUCCUGAGGCUAAAGUGA